AUGGUACCUAGAGACAGCGGGAAUUCGAGCCUUUCCUCCGUCCCUGCUGGAGUUCAAGGAUGGUCGACUAGCACCUGGCCUGGAACUCCCAUGGACAUGACUAUUGUCGACAACCUUGCCUUGAACAACACUUUUCUGUACUACAUCCUCGUUCUACCUACAGGAACAACCAUGGAAGAGUGA